AUGAAAAUCGGUGAUCAUAUAUUAGUUGAUGGAAAACAUCCAGCAACACUAUGCUAUUUUGGUUUAGUUGAUAAUCAUCCAGGUGAAUGGAUUGGCAUUGAAUGGUGGAAUCAACAAGGAAAACAUAAUGGAACGAAUAAUGGAAAAUUUUAUUAUAAAACAAANAAAAAUCGAAUAUCUCUGUCCAGAGAAAUAUCGAAUUCUCUACAUCGAAUAUAUGAUAAAGAAUUAUUUUGUGGCAUAUAUUACUCUGAUAAAAUUGUCUAUUCACCGAGUAAACAAUAUUCCGAUUACGUUCUCGAUUUAUCGUCAUUAAUUCGAAUCGAUUUAUCAUGUCAAUGGGUUAAUGAAUUCGAUGAUAAUCAUCAAAUUUAUAAAAAUCUCAAUCAAAUAAAAGAACUUAAUAUUCGACAAAAUUUAAUUACAAAUUGGUCUCAAUUAUGGAUUAUAUUAGAAACAUAUUUUCCUCGAUUAGAAAUAAUAAAUGUUAGUAAUUCUCGAAUGAAAUUAGAUUUGAAUCCAUCAAAUGAAUUUAUAUUUUUAAAAGAAUUUAUUUUAAUUGAUACAGAUAAUGAUUGUGAUUUAUAUGAAAAUAUUUUCAAAUAUUUUCCAAAUUUAAUUAAUAUUCAUUUAGAUUUAAAUCGAUUAUCUUUUAUAUCAGAAAUAUUUGUUGAACGAAUUAAAAAUCUAACGAAUUUAUCAUUAUCAGAUAAUCCAACAUUAAUACAUUGGGAUCCUUUUAUUAAUCGUUUAGGAAUAUUAAAACAUCUUCAAGAAUUAAUUAUUAAUAAUUGUGGAAUUGAAACCAUUAAAUUAAUAAAUCAAGAUGAUUCAAUUGAAUUAUUUCCAUCAUUAAAAUAUCUUUAUAUGUCCGACAAUAAAAUAUGUUUAUAUUCAUCGAUAAAUGAAUUAUCUCGUAUCAAAUCAUUAAUGUCAUUCAGUAUUCUUCGAAAUCCAAUCUAUGGAUUAAACCAAAUUGAAAAUGAAACAGCUAAACAAAUGAUAAUAGCUCGUUUACCUAAUUUAACACAUUUAAAUCGUGUUUCGAUUAGUCGUGAUGAAAGACGGGGAGCUGAAAUUGAUUAUUUACAAAGUUACGCACAAGAUUAUUUCGAUAAAAAAUUAGAUUUUAUUAAUGAACAUAGACAGUAUCAAUUAUUAAUAGAAAAACAUGGUGAACCUUUAAAACCAAUUGUUAAUCAGCAAUCAAAAAAAGGUCUAUGUAUUCGAUCUGAUUUAUUAAGAAUAAUUUUUGAAUUUGGUGAUGAAAAUGAAACAAAGAUCGAAAAGAAAAUUCCAUCAUCAAUGACAAUAGCAAAAUUGAAAACAUUCGUUCGUCGAUUAUUUUCAUCACAAUUAACAAAUGAUAUUCAAUUCAAUUUAUUUGUAGUUAUUGAUAAAAAACAUAAAGAACUGAUUUCAAAUGACUAUCAAGAUAUUCAAUUUUAUUUAGGAAACUAUUAUCGUCUUUAUGCAGUUAGUGGUAGACUUAGACAAAGUCGAGCCAUGGGCUUUACAUUUAGUGUUCAUCCUGAAUCAUUUGGCCAAUUAAUCACUACAUGGGAACCAAAUGAUAAAUUUGGUGAUCCACACGAUUUGGCUUUAAGUGUCAAUGGUCGUUCGUUAUACGUUGGAGAAAUUCGUCCUAAUCGUAUCGAUUCAUUUAAUGUUCUCAAUUAA